UCCAGUCCUCAAGGAAACAAAAAACCAUCCAGCAUUCCAGCUCAAUAUUCAUCAACUUUCAUAUGCAGCAUUACAGCAAUAAUUAUACCCACUAAAUAAUGCUUUUUUGUUCCAUUAAUCCUCUCACUAAUUUUCAGAUCUUAUUCUUUAACUACCCCCACCUUCACAAAAUAACGGUUUUACCCUCCAAUCUUUCUCUCACUUCCUGUAAACUGUAGUACUGAGUGCCAGAGAUAGUGCUAUGAAAGUGGACCAUUACACUAGAUGAGAGAGAAUCACAGAAUUCCCAUUAUUUCAUUAGAUUUUCAACCCAGAAAACAAUAUUUCAAGAAAACAGAAAAAAGAAAGUUUACAUUUUUCCAUUUUUUCUGAAACAUACACUCAAAGUUUUCACCUGGGUGUUGAAGUUUUCUCUCUCUAGAUCCACCUUUUCUUGCACAUUCUAUCUUCUGACACUUAUUUUGAGCUUUAUUUCUCUUAUUCAUGCAAAAUUUGACAUGGGUUUUGGCUCUUGGAAGCUUAAAUGAGGCUAGUUAUGGAAGUUAACUGGGAAAAAAAGAAGCUAUUUUUAGUUUUUACAGUGUUUUUCUCUCUAAUUACAGUGGUUUUUAGUGUUACAGAUCCUGGUGACCUUGCAAUUCUGAAAGAAUUCAGAAAAGGGUUGGAAAAUCCUGAGCUUUUGAAGUGGCCUAUCAAUGGAGAUGAUGACCCAUGUGGAAAUAAGUGGCCUUUUGUGUCUUGUGAAGAUGGGAAAGUUACCCAAAUUCAACCUAAGAAUUUAGGGUUGAAGGGAACUUUACCUCAUGAUUUCAACAAGCUGGAUAAACUGUUCAGUUUGGGUCUUCAGAACAAUAAUUUGACUGGUAUGCUACCUUCUUUUAAUGGGUUAAAAGAUUUGAAGUUUGCAUAUUUGGAUUUUAAUAAUUUCACUUCAAUUCCUGCUGAUUUCUUUGAUGGAUUAGUUAGUUUACAAGUUAUGGCAUUGGAUUAUAAUAGAAAUUUGAAUGCUAGUUCUGGCUGGUCUUUCCCUAUUGGGUUGCAAGAUUCAGCUCAGUUAGCUACUCUUUCAUGUGUGUCUUGCAAUGUAGUGGGUCCAUUGCCUGAUUUUUUGGGUACUUUGGGGUCACUUUCUGAGUUAAGGUUGGCAUUGAAUCGAAUUUCCGGUGGGAUUCCGUCGACUUUUAAUGGGUCUAUGUUGCAAUCACUUUGGUUAAAUGGACAGGGUGGUGGUGGGAUGAGUGGUCCUUUAGAUGUUAUUGUGACAAUGGAGUCACUAACUACUGCUUGGCUUCAUGGGAAUCAAUUUAGUGGGGUUAUUCCUUCCAACAUUGGUAGUCUAGCUAGUUUGAAGGAUCUUAAUCUUAACUCGAAUCAACUUGUUGGGUUGGUUCCGGAUAGCUUGGCUGACAUGGAAUUGAAUAACUUGGAUCUAGGCAACAAUCAUUUCAUGGGUCCAAUUCCUGAGUUUAAGACUAAGAAUGUUUCAUAUGAUUCAAAUUUCUUUUGUCAAAAAACUCAAGGAGCUCCUUGUGCUCCGGAAGUUACGGCACUUCUCGGUUUCUUGGAUGGGUUAGAAUAUCCAUCAAUCCUUAGUGCUUCAUGGUCAACUAAUAACCCAUGUGUUGGAUGGUUGGGAGUGAUUUGCAAUGACAAUAAACAGGUUAGCGUCAUAAAUUUGCCUAAUCGUGGCCUUAACGGUACACUAAGUCCCUCACUUGGGAUGCUUGAAUCCCUUGAAAAAGUUUUACUUCAUGAUAACAAUAUCGCUGGUCAAGUUCCCUCAAACUGGACCAACUUGAAGUCCCUUACAACGAUAGAUUUGAGUAACAACAAUCUUUCCCCUCCAUGGCCGAAAUUUAGCAAAAAUGUCAAACUUGCUAUUGAAGGUAAUACUCCACUUGCGUCCCCUCCAUCAGAAAAUCCGUCACCUCAUGGGCAAACUUCACCCUCCAAAGGCUCUGGUGCUGGCUAUAGCUCCAGCUCCGGCUCUGGUUCUGGUUCUGGCUCUGGCUCUAACUCUAACUCUGGCUCUUCUCAAACAUCAGAAAAUAGGAGCUCUAAAAGAUCUAAAGUGGUUGCUUUCGUAGCUCCUGUUGCAAGUGUUGCUGCUCUUGCUCUACUGGUGAUUCCUUUAUCUAUAUAUUACUGUAAGCGGAAAAAAUAUGUUCAACAAUCUCCCAACUCAAUCGUGAUUCACCCAAGAGACCCAUCAGAUACCGAUAAUACCGUUAAAAUAGUUGUCGCUAAUAACACUACAGGCAGUAAUUCAGCUGGAAGCGGUUCCGCUAGCAGGAAUAGCAGUGGGACGGGUGAGUCCCAUGUCAUUGAAGCUGGAAAUUUGGUCAUAUCAGUUCAAGUUCUCCGAAAUGUGACCAAAAACUUUGCCUCUGAGAAUGAGCUAGGUCGUGGUGGUUUUGGAGUUGUUUACAAGGGGGAAUUAGAUGAUGGAACUACAAUAGCUGUGAAGAGAAUGGAAGCAGGUGUAAUUAGCAGCAAAGCGUUUGAUGAAUUUCGAUCUGAAAUCGCAGUACUGUCUAAAGUUCGUCAUCGGCAUUUGGUAUCUCUUUUGGGGUAUUCAGUUGAAGACAAUGAGAGAAUUCUGGUGUAUGAGUAUAUGCCUCAAGGGGCUCUUAGCAGUCAUCUUUUCCACUGGAAAACUUUGAAUUUGCAGCCUCUUUCAUGGAAAAGGAGGUUAACUAUUGCUUUGGAUGUUGCAAGAGGGAUGGAAUAUCUCCAUAGCUUGGCGCACCAGAGUUUUGUGCAUAGAGACCUCAAACCUUCCAAUAUUUUACUCGAUGAUGACUUCAAAGCAAAAGUUUCAGAUUUUGGGCUGGUAAAACUUGCUCCUGAUCAGGGGCAACAAUCUAUGGUCACCAGGCUGGCUGGAACAUUUGGAUACUUGGCACCCGAAUAUGCUGUCACAGGAAAAGUCACAACGAAGGUCGAUGUUUUCAGCUUUGGUAUCGUGUUAAUGGAAUUAUUGACAGGAUUAAUGGCACUCGAUGAGCACAGGCCUGAGGAUCAGCAGUACUUAGCAGCAUGGUUCUGGCGGAUUAAAUCAGACAGAGAGAAGCUAUUAGCUGCCAUCGAUCCUAUUGUUGAUGUGACAGAGGAAACAGUGGACAGCAUUGUAGCAGUCGCCGAGUUAGCAGGCCACUGCACAGCCAGAGAGUCCAAUCAACGGCCUGAUAUGGGUCAUGCUGUCAAUGUACUAGCUCCACUUGUUGAAAUAUGGAAGCCAUGGGAUGAUGAUACCGAGGAAUAUUCUGGAAUCGAUUAUAGUCUCCCACUAAAUCAGAUGGUGAAGGGAUGGCAGGAAGCUGAAGGGAAAGAUAUGAGUUAUGCGGGUCUCGAAGAUAGCAAAGGUAGUAUCCCUGCUAGGCCUAAUGGUUUUGCCGACUCCUUUACCUCUAUUGAUGGUCGAUAGAGAGCAUUCGUUGAUAUUUUGUAUCUGUAUUUUGUAGAUAUGUUGUUUUUCUUCCCUAGUGAUCUUCUAGCAUCUCCCUCACUUGUGUUCAUAUCAUCUAAUGUUGUAUUUUUCGUCGGUGCUAGUUUAAUGUUGUUGUAUUUGGUUUUCCGUGUUUGAAGUUGGUAACCUCAAAUUGUACAACAGAUCUUCCAUUCUUGUUCGAGUUUCUACUUUUUAUAAAAAUUUUGCACUUGGUAUAUUGUAAUAUGAUGGAGCUGUGAUGAAUUUCAGCAUGUAUGAAAGUUGUUAAGGAUGCUCUUCUUUCCCAAUGUCUA